GCCGAGCCGAGGAGCCCAGCGCGGAGCGGAGCCCCAGCGCGCCGAGCCGGCGGUCCUCGCGCCCGGCCUCCGCGGUCCUCCGAGCUGCCGUCGGCCAUGGCCCCGCGCCCGGCGGCCCCGGUGCGCCGCUGCCUGCUGGCGCUCGCGCUCUGGAGCGCCUGGGGGGCGCUGGCGGGGGUCGCGCCCCAGCCGGGCUCCGGCUGCCCGAGCCGCUGCCUGUGCUUCCGCACCACGGUGCGCUGCAUGCAUCUGCUGCUGGAGUCCGUGCCCGCCGUGGCGCCGCAGACCACCAUCCUGGACCUUCGGUUUAACAGAAUCAGAGAGAUCCAACCCGGGGCCUUCAGGCAGCUGCGGAAGCUCAACACGCUGCUUCUCAACAAUAAUCAGAUCAAGAGGAUACCCAGUGGAGCGUUUGAAGACUUGGAAAAUUUAAAAUACCUCUAUUUGUACAAGAAUGAAAUCCAGUCAAUUGACAGGCAAGCCUUUAAGGGACUUACCUCUCUAGAGCAACUAUACCUGCAUUUUAACCAGAUAGAAACUGUGGACGCGGAGUCGUUUCAGCGCUUGCCGAAGCUGGAGAGGCUAUUUUUACACAACAACCGGAUCACCCACCUCCUGCAGGGGACCUUUAACCACCUGGACUCCAUGAGACGGCUGCGACUGGACUCGAAUGCACUUCGCUGUGACUGUGAGAUCCUGUGGCUGGCAGACCUGUUGAAGACCUAUGCCCAGUCGGGGAACACUCAGGCAGCAGCCACCUGCGAAUACCCCAGGCGUAUCCAGGGGCGCUCCGUGGCGACCAUCACCCCUGCGGAGCUGAACUGCGAGAGGCCCCGGAUAACGUCAGAGCCACAGGACGUGGAUGCCACCUCGGGGGCCACUGCGUACUUCACCUGCAAGGCCGAGGGCAACCCCAAGCCCGAGAUCAUCUGGCUCCGCAACAACAACGAGCUGAGCAUGGAAGCGGACUCACGCCUAAACCUGCUGGAUGACGGGACCCUGAUGAUCGAGAACACGCAGGAGGCCGACCAGGGCGUUUACCAGUGCAUGGCGAAGAACGUGGCUGGAGAGGUGAAGACGCAGGAGGUGACCCUCAGGUACUUUGGGUCUCCAGCCCGACUCGCUUUUGUAAUCCAGCCGCAGAACACAGAGGUGCUGGUGGGCGAGAGUGUCACGCUGGAGUGCAGUGCCACGGGCCACCCUCAGCCGCAGAUCACCUGGACCAGAGGUGACCGGUCCCCCUUGCCGGCGGACCCCCGGGUGAACAUCACCUCUUCCGGUGGCCUGUACAUACAGAAGGUCGUGCAGGGCGACAGCGGGGAGUACACCUGCUUUGCCUCCAACGGGGUGGAGAGCAUACAUGCCACGGCCCUCAUCAUCGUGCAGGCACUUCCUCAGUUUACUGUGACGCCCGAGAACAGGGUGGUCACCGAGGGUCAGACCGUCGACUUCCAGUGCGAGGCCAAGGGGCACCCCCAGCCCGUCAUCGCCUGGACCAAAGGAGGGAGCCCGCUCUCUGUGGACAGGCGGCACCUGGUGCUCUCAUCUGGCACGCUCAGGAUCUCGGGGGUGGCCCUGCAUGACCAGGGCCAGUACGAGUGCCAGGCGGUCAACAUCAUUGGCUCUCAGAAGGUCGUGGCCCACCUCGUCGUGCAGCCCAGAGUCACCCCGGUGUUCGCCAGCAUCCCCAGGGACCUGACUGUCGAGGUGGGCAGUAACGUGCAGCUCCCGUGCAGCUCCCAGGGGGAGCCGGAGCCAGCCAUCACCUGGAACAAGGAUGGGGUCCAGGUGACAGAGAGUGGGAAGUUUCACAUCAGCCCCGAAGGCUUCCUGACUAUCAAUGAUGUUGGAACUGCAGAUUCGGGUCGCUAUGAAUGCGUGGCCCGGAACACCAUCGGCUACGCCUCAGUUAGCAUGGUGCUGAGUGUGACUGUUCCUGAUGUCAGUCGAAAUGGUGAUCCAUUUGUUGCUACCUCUAUUGUGGAAGCCAUUACCACUGUGGACCGAGCCAUAAACUCGACGCGGACACACCUGUUUGACAGCCGGCCGCGCUCGCCCAACGACCUGCUGGCGCUGUUCCGCUACCCCCGGGACCCCUACACGGUGGGGCAGGCGCGGGCCGGAGAGAUCUUCGAGCGGACGCUGCAGCUCAUCCAGGACCACGUGCAGCACGGCCUCAUGGUCGACCUGAACGGAACAAGUUACCACUACAAUGACCUGGUGUCGCCGCCCUACCUGAGCCUCAUCGCCAACCUGUCGGGCUGCACGGCGCACCGGCGCGUGAACAACUGCUCCGACAUGUGCUUCCACCAGAAGUACCGCACGCACGACGGCACCUGCAACAACCUGCAGCACCCCAUGUGGGGCGCCUCGCUGACGGCCUUCGAGCGCCUGCUGAAGGCCGUGUACGAGAACGGCUUCAACACGCCGCGCGGCGUCAACGCCCGGCGCCGCUACCACGGGCACGCGCUGCCCAUGCCCCGCCUGGUGUCCACCACGCUGAUGGGCUCGGAGGAGGUGACCCCCGACGGGCGGUUCACGCACAUGCUCAUGCAGUGGGGGCAGUUCCUGGACCACGACUUGGACUCCACCGUGGUGGCGCUGAGCGAGGCGCGCUUCUCGGACGGGCAGCACUGCAGCGCCGUGUGCACCAACGACCCGCCCUGCUUCUCCAUCAUGAUCCCGCCCCACGACCCGCGGGUGCGCGGCGGGGCCCGCUGCAUGUUCUUCGUGCGCUCCAGCCCGGUGUGCGGCAGCGGCAUGACGUCCCUGCUCAUGAACUCCGUCUACCCCCGGGAGCAGAUCAACCAGCUCACCUCCUACAUCGACGCCUCCAACGUGUACGGCAGCUCCGACCACGAGGCGCGCGGCAUCCGCGACCUGGCCAGCCACCGAGGCCUGCUCCGGCAAGGCAUCGUGCAGAGGUCCGGGAAGCCCCUGCUGCCCUUCGCCACGGGGCCUCCCACCGAGUGCAUGCGGGAUGAGAACGAGAGCCCCAUCCCCUGCUUCCUGGCCGGGGACCACCGGGCCAACGAGCAGCUGGGCCUCACCAGCAUGCACACGCUGUGGUUCCGCGAGCACAACCGCAUCGCGGCCCAGCUGCUCCGGCUGAACCCGCACUGGGACGGCGACACCAUCUACCACGAGACCCGCAAGAUCGUGGGGGCAGAGAUCCAGCACAUCACCUACCGUCACUGGCUCCCGAAGGUCCUGGGGGCCGUGGGCAUGAAGAUGCUCGGGGAGUACCGAGGCUACGACCCCGGCGUCAACGCCGGCAUCUUCAACGCCUUCGCCACCGCCGCCUUCAGGUUCGGCCACACGCUGAUCAACCCGGUGCUCUACCGGCUGGACGCGAACUUCCAGCCCAUUCCGCAGGGCCAUAUUCCCCUGCACAAGGCCUUCUUCUCCCCCUUCCGGAUUGUGAACGAGGGGGGCAUCGACCCUCUUCUCAGGGGACUGUUUGGGGUGGCAGGGAAGAUGCGCGUGCCCACACAGCUGCUGAACACAGAGCUCACGGAGCGACUGUUCUCCAUGGCGCGGACGGUGGCCCUUGACCUCGCCGCCAUGAACAUCCAGCGGGGCCGAGACCACGGCAUCCCACCCUAUCACGACUACAGGGUCUACUGCAACCUGUCGGCUGCCCACACCUUCGAGGACCUCAAAAAUGAGAUCAAGAACCCUGAGAUUCGGGAGAAGCUGAAAAGGCUCUAUGGCUCCACACUCAACAUCGAUCUGUUCCCAGCCCUCAUGGUGGAAGAUGUGGUUCCUGGCAGCCUCCUGGGGCCCACCCUGCUGUGCCUGCUCAGCACACAGUUCCGGCGUCUGCGGGAUGGGGACCGGCUGUGGUACGAAAACCCGGGGGUGUUCUCCCCGGCUCAGCUGACGCAGAUCAAGCAGGCGUCCCUGGCCAGGAUCCUGUGUGACAACUCGGACAACAUCACCCACGUGCAGGCGGACGUGUUUCGGGUGGCGGAGUUCCCUCAUGGCUACGGCAGCUGCCGGGACAUUCCCCGAGUGGACCUCCGGCUGUGGCAGGACUGCUGCGAAGACUGCAGGACCAGGGGGCAGUUCAAUGCAUUCUCCUAUCACUUCCGGGGCAAGCGGUCUCUGGAUUUCAGCUACCAGGAGGAUGAGCCCUCUGGGAGAGCAAGACCGCAGAAGGGGCUGAGUGGAAAGCAUGACACUCCCAGCAAUGCCACCAUGGCAGCUUCCUUCGAGCACGCAGAAGGAGCAGUGACAAACGACUUCAAGGAAUUUGUCCAGGAGAUGCAGAAGACGAUUACAGACCUCAGGAGACAGAUCAACAUGCUGGAGUCUCGACUUAGCACCACACAGUGUGUGGACACCAACGGCGAAUCCCAUGCCAACAGUGCAAAGUGGAAAAAAGAUGCGUGCACCACUUGUGAGUGCAGAGAUGGGCAGGUCACCUGCUUUGUGGAAGCCUGCCCGCCUGCCCCCUGUCCUGAGCCCUCACGGGUGGAAGGAGCCUGUUGUCCGGUCUGCGUGAAGGAACCUCAGGAGAGAAGCCCCAGGGUCUCCUAGGCCGGAGCCCCUUGAGCUGGGCUGUGGACUCCUCGUGAGGUCAGACCAGGACCCAGGAGCUGCGGACCCCAGGAGAAGCCCAGACCCCAGACGUUCAGAACCGCAGUCCUGCCGCCUCCCUGCAGCACGGCUGCUUGGGACCCACCUUUGCAGAAGCAGACAGCAGACAGGCAGGGGCGCAGGCUGUCUUCACUUCAUGUUAGACUUCUCAGGAUUUUAUUUAAUUCUUUUAAAAUGAAAACAUUGGUGCUACUGUAAAAUUGCACAGUUCAGUCAUUUGGGUUCCUAAAUUGAUUCUGCCUAAAAGUGCCGUUUUUUUCUAAGUAAGGCAGCAUACCUCUGAAGUCUUCUCUGCCUGGUUCCGAGGCCCAGAGUCUCUGACAGGUGAGGCCUGGGUGGCAGCUUGUCGGCAGGGAGGCUCGAGAUCUGGGUGACCUCGCAGCUACAUGUACAAAGGGAGUCCUUGUUUGCCAAAGGGACACAUAUCUGCAGGAGUACUGAGGCGCCCGCUCCAUCCUGCCUGCCCGCCUGCCUGCCCG